AUGGAGAACUUAGAUCUGAGCCUAGCGUCUCUGGGAACCAUCUCCAAGCAUGUUGACACGCGACACAACCAACUCAGUCAAUAUUUGUCAAAGCAGAUAUGGAGCCAGCAGGACAGACGGUGCAUUGUGGACUCUCUGGCUCAGCUGUUCCUGGAGAAAGACUACACACUGUUGAUAACGCGACAUUUGCGGCCUCUGGUUCUGGAUUUACUGGAAAGAAAUGUGCAAAGAGUUCGAGCGAGUGAUGGAUUCAACCAUGACCUUCACGAACGCCUGUGUGUGGCUCUCAGCAAAGUCCUCAACGUCAGUCCGGAUGCCCCAGCCUUUGCAGCCAGAUACUUCAGGAGCGCUCCGCCAGUGUUCCAGAGGUUGUUUUUCUCGAAGGAAGAGGCCGCGGUCGUGCAGUACGGGCCUCGCCGCAUGAAGCUCCGGGACCUCAUGGAAGCGACUCUUGGUUUCCUUCAGAGCGACUGUUCCAAAUACAGAUGUCUGUGGGACUGGAGUCCGUGUGUCCCACUGCUGCUCACCAACGACCUGCUGGUGCGAGGGUACACAGCCCAGUGCUUAUCCAUGGUCUCUCUCAUGACUGAUAACCAGAGAACCAUCUUCCUCAGAAAGGUCUUGUCCAGUGAAGAGAUCCUCCACAUGAAAAUAAAGAGCUUUCAAGAACACCAGCAGCAGCAGGUGGAGAAGUCCCUGGUCCUUGUCAAUCAAGCGUCUGUAAAGUGGCACCAGGAUAAGACCAGUCGCUUCACCCGAGGUCAGGUGGUCUCUGAGGAUCUGUGCCCCAGUGUGGUGGCUGUGUGUGGGGUGGUCCUGCCCACCCUGGCCCCCCGGCUGAUCCAACAAGAGAGACAGGAGGAGCUGGUGCUGGUGGACUCGACCUGUCAGAACCUCCGGAGGCUGGCAUUGGCUGUAGCUUCCCAGAGACCGGUGCUGCUGGAGGGGCCGAUAGGGUGUGGAAAAACGUCGCUGGUGGAAUACUUGGCCUCCGUCACAGGACAUAACAAAGCCAGGGAGAUCAUGAAGGUCCAGCUCGGAGAUCAGACAGACAGCAAAAUGUUGCUGGGCCUGUACCGCUGCACUGACGUUCCAGGGAAGUUUGUGUGGCAGCCGGGAACGCUAACUCAAGCUGUCGCCAACGGUCAGUGGAUCCUCCUGGAGGACAUCGACCACGCUCCUCUGGAUGUGAUCUCAGUUUUGCUUCCUCUGAUGGAGAAUAAAAAGUUGGUCAUCCCGGGACGUGAGGACUGCAUUGAAGUUGCGACUGGGUUUCAGUUUUUUGCAACGAGAAGGAUGUAUUUCAGCAGCGGGAGUUGGCACAAACCACACGCUUCACACGCGACGCUGUUGGAUAAAUACUGGACAAAGCUCCAAAUGAGAAACAUGCCCCGAGAGGAACUUAAGAAGGUGGUCAUCACUCGAUACCCACAACUGUCUGUGGUCUGUGAUCGGCUCCUGGACAUCUACUGUCAGCUCACUGGAGACCGGCACUCGGAACCAGAACCCCUCCUCCAGUCCCAGAGUCCACCUGGACCCGAGGAGGCGCGAUCCGGCCUUUUGGAGGGUCGGGCUCUGUCGCUCAGGGACUUAUUAAAAUGGUGUGAGCGCAUCAGUGUCAACUUCAACAGCACAUCUGCAGCGACAGCUCAAAAUGUCUUCCAAGAGGCUCUGGACUGCUUCACGUCUAUGCUGUCUCGCCCUGAGAGUCGCCUGCAAAUGGCCGAGAUUAUUGGCAGCAAGCUAAACAUUUCCAAAGAAAAGGCCCAGCACUUCUGUGAGCAGUACCAGCCUGCUCUGACUCUGGGGGAGCGGGAGGCCACAGUGGGACGAGUGGCUCUGAAUCGAAAGCAGGCUGAAGUAGUCCAACUGAAUGUUAAUCAGCAAACGUUUGCGGCCACGCGUCCCUCGGCCGUUCUUCUGGAGCAGUUGGCGGUGUGUGUGGACAAAUCUGAGCCGGUUUUGUUGGUGGGAGAGACCGGUACUGGGAAAACCUCCACCGUGCAGCACCUGGCCCAGCUCACAGGUCAUAGGCUGCGGGUUGUCAACAUGAACCAGCAGAGCGACACUGCAGACCUGCUCGGAGGGUAUAAACCAGUGGAUCAUACUCAGAUCCUUCUUCCUCUGCGUGAGGCUUUCGAGGAGCUCUUCUCUCGGACCUUUUCCAGGAAACAGAACCUGACCUUUCUGGGCCACAUGCAGACCUGCUACAGGGAGAAGCGUUGGCAGGACCUCCUCAAACUCAUGGAGCACGUCUGCAAGUCUGGCCUCAACAAAGAACUGAAGGACAAAUCCAAUGUUUCAGACGUGAAACAGAAGUGGGACGAGAUGUCCACCAGACUCCAACACAUUUCAGAGCAAGUCCAGGCCUGUGAGACAGCCAUGGUCUUCGCAUUUGUCGAGGGAACUCUGGCCCAGGCUGUGAAGAAAGGCCACUGGAUUCUUCUGGAUGAGAUUAACCUGGCAGCGGCCGAGACUCUGGAGUGUCUGAGUGGGCUGUUGGAGAGCAGCACUGGGUCUCUGGUUCUACUGGACCGAGGGGACGCAGAGCCCCUGGUUCGCCAUCCAGACUUCCGCUUGUUCGCGUGCAUGAAUCCUGCCACUGAUGUCGGCAAAAGAAACCUGCCUCUCGGCCUCAGAAACAGAUUCACCGAGCUGUACGUGAGUGAGCUGGAGAACGAGGCCGACCUCCGCAUUUUAGUGUCUGACUACCUCCGAUGUCUAAACCCAAACAGAAAUAUCAUCAGCGGCAUCAUAAGUUUUUACUUGGCGGUGAGAAAGGAGGCCGGCUCCCGUCUGGUGGACGGCACAGGCCACAGACCUCACUACAGUCUUCGGACUCUGUGCAGAGCUCUCAGAUAUGUGCGUAACAAUCCCUGCUACAGCCUCCAUCGAUCGCUUUAUGAGGGCUUCUGCAUGAGCUUCUUGACGCAGCUGGACAGAGUUUCUCACCCUGUGGUGCAGAAGCUGGUCUCUCACCACAUUCUGAUGGGGAACACAAAGUGCCUAAAACAGCCCAUCCCCUGCCCCACGGACCGCAGCUGUGUGGAGGUGGAGGGGUAUUGGGUCUCUCAGGGGGACCUAGAGCCCACACAGGACCCCUCUUAUAUCCUCACCGCUUCAGUCAAACUCAACCUGCGGGACUUGGCCCGGGUGGUGUCUGCAGGGACUCACCCGGUGCUGAUCCAGGGAGAGACGUCCGUGGGGAAGACCAGUCUGAUCCGCUGGCUCGCUACAGUCACAGGAAACCAGUGCGUCAGAAUCAACAACCACGAGCACACGGACAUCCAGGAGUACAUCGGCUGCUACUCCUCCGACCAGAGAGGAAAACUGGUCUUCAAAGAGGGUGUGCUGAUUGAUGCCAUGAGGAAGGGCUACUGGAUCAUUCUGGACGAGCUGAACUUGGCGCCCACAGACGUGCUGGAGGCUCUGAACAGACUCCUGGACGACAACAGGGAGUUGUUUGUGGCAGAGACACAAGAAGUCGUGAAAGCCCACCCCAGAUUCAUGCUGUUUGCCACGCAGAACCCCCCUGGAGUGUACGGAGGGAGGAAGGUGUUGUCCAGGGCUUUCAGAAACCGCUUCGUGGAGCUUCACUUCGAUGAACUUCCCAGUGCAGAGUUGGAGACGAUCCUGCACCAGCGCUGCCGCCUCCCCCCGUCCUACUGCAGCAAACUGGUCAAAGUCAUGCUGGAUCUGCAGUCUUUCCGCAGGGGGUCCUCUGUGUUUGCAGGAAAACACGGCUUCAUCACGCUCCGAGACCUGUUCCGAUGGGCGGACCGCUACAGGCUGGAGGAGCAGAGUCCGGCCUCGCAGGACUGGCUCCAGCAGCUGGCAGAUAAUGGAUACAUGCUGCUGGCAGGACGUGUACGGAAGCCUGAGGAGGACACCACCAUCCGGUUAAUCAUCGAGAAGCACUUCAAGCGACGCAUUCUGCCGGACAGUCUGUUUUCUCACCAACAGCUCCACGGCCAGUUCAGUGAACUCGUCGACUCCAUGGAGGAAGUCCCAGAUGAGUUCCGUCAUGUGGUUUGGACUCAAAGCAUGAGGAGGCUGGCAGUGUUGGUGGGACGAGCUCUGAGAUUUGGAGAGUCCGUGCUGUUGGUUGGAGACACUGGAAUCAGAAACUAUUCAUGUGGUUGUGAGGCUGAGUGCAGGUCCGACCACGCCCCCCCAUUGGCCCCCCCUGACACCCCCAUAUAUGGUCAUGGCACUGAGGAAGAUGACGGCCGCCUGUUUGAGUGGCACGAUGGGCCUCUGGUGCUGGCGCUGAAGGAGGGCGGAGUCUUUCUGAUGGACGAGAUCUCUCUGGCCGAUGAUUCUGUCCUGGAGAGACUGAACAGUGUUCUUGAGACUGAGAAGAGCCUGGUGCUGGCAGAGAAAGGCAGCGACGACGACAAAGUGGAGUUACUACACGCUGCUCCGGAUUUCCGUCUGGUGGCCACCAUGAACCCAGGAGGAGACUUCGGGAAGAAAGAGCUGUCGCCUGCUCUAAGGAACCGCUUCACUGAGAUCUGGUGUCCACAAAACAACAACCGCAACGACCUGCUCCAGAUCAUCCAGCACAACCUGCACAAAGGCAUCGCGCUCGACGAGGGGGACAUAGCUGAGUUGAUGCUGGACUUCAUCGAUUGGCUGACCCAGCAGGACUUUGGGCGCCGCUGUAUUCUGAGUGUUCGAGACAUUCUGUCCUGGGUCACUUUCCUGAACGUGGUCUGUGAACCAAAGGAGAGCGAGUCCUCAGAGUGGGAGCUCAGACUGAACCCCGUCACAGCCUUCGUCCAUGCGGCCUGCCUGGUUUACAUCGACAGCCUUGGCUCAGGAACCACAGUGUCCGGUGCAGACAGCGCUGCCACCGCCCGCAGACUGUGCCUGGGCUUCCUCCAGCGACGCCUGGGUCACAUGAUCAAACACGACCUGGACGUGAUGGAGGCUUUUAAUGUGUACGACACAAGUCUGCCCCGGGAGCCACGGAGCGGAGACCACUUCUUUGGCAUCCACCCAUUUUACAUCGCUUUAGGUCCUGAGCGCGACGCCCUCGGUCUGUCGGACUACACCAUCGGAGCUGGCACCACCGCGGUCAACGCUCAGAGACUUCUCCGCGCUCUCAAACUGCAGAAGCCGGUGCUGUUGGAGGGUUCCCCGGGAGUGGGCAAAACCAGCCUGGUAGCAGCACUAGCUAAAGCAUCAGGAAACCAGCUGGUCCGCAUCAACUUGUCCGAGCAAACGGAUGUUACAGAUUUGUUUGGCACUGAUCUGCCGGUGGAGGGAGGUAAAGGGGGAGAGUUCGCUUGGCGGGACGGUCCUCUUCUCUCAGCGCUAAAGAAGGGUCACUGGAUUGUCCUGGACGAGCUGAACUUGGCGUCUCAGUCGGUGCUUGAAGGCCUGAACGCCUGCUUCGACCACAGAGCAGAGAUCUACAUUCCUGAACUGGCCAUGAGCUUCCGGGUUCAGCACCGACAGACCAAGAUCUUCGGCUGCCAGAACCCGUUCACUCAGGGAGGGGGCCGCAAGGGACUCCCCAAGUCCUUCCUCAACCGAUUUACACAGGUGUUUGUGGACCAGCUGAGCAGCAAAGACAUGGAGUUCAUUUCCAACGCCAUAUUCCCAAAUAUUGAUCAGGAUCUUGUCGUGAAGAUGGUUGAAUUUAGCAACAGGCUGGUGCAGGAGGUCUGUGUGGAGAGGCGCUGGGGGCACAAAGGCAGUCCCUGGGAGUUCAACCUCCGUGACAUGUUCCGCUGGUGCCAGCUCAUGGAGAAAGACCAGUCCCCAGGGUCCUUUAACCCUGGACAGCAUGUGGCCCUGGUUUAUGGAGAACGGAUGAGGACGCUCGCUGAUAAGGCUCAGGUCUUGUCUUUAUUCAGAAACGUGUUUGGAGAAGACUCAGAUCCAUACACCACCUCCAGAGAGUUCCACAUGACGCCACUGCACCUUCAGGUGGGAUACUCGGUCCUUCAGCGCGGCACUGCAGCCCCAGCCUCUGUGGGCCCCCCUCCUUCCAUCACCCACCAGGCUCUGAGGCCCCUGGAGUCCCUGAUGAAGUGUGUGGAGAUGGGCUGGAUGGUCAUUCUGGUGGGCCCCGCGGCUUGUGGGAAGACCAGCCUGGUGCGACUGCUGUCUCUGCUGAGCGGGCACAGGCUGAGGGUGAUGCCCACGAACAGCUCCAUGGACACCACGGAGCUGCUGGGAGGGUUCGAACAGGUGGACAUCAUGAGGCCUUGGCAACAGCUGCUGGAGCUGGUGGACGGUGCUGUUGCUCAGGUCACGAGAUGGGGGCUGACUGCUCCGGAGGGGGGGCUGCAGGACACGGAGUUCCUGCUUCGAGCUUGGGGGCUGUUCUGUGAUUGGCUGAAGGCAGAGGGUCCACAGAACGCCGGGAACACGGUCACUUUGGACGCGCUCGACAAACUGGAGGUCAUCAUCGUUUUGCUCCAGAAACUCAGCAUCAAACUCAAAGUCCUCACAGACGUGUCCCCGCUGCAGACGGACUGUUCGCGGCUGAAGCAGCAGGUGUCGCGGCUGGAGGAAGGCGGCUCGAGUGGAGGCUUCGAGUGGCACGACGGGAUGUUAGUCCAGGCUCUGCAGACCGGAGACUGGCUGCUCAUGGACAACGUCAACUUCUGCAGUGCGUCGGUUCUGGAUCGUCUGAACGCGCUGCUGGAACCUAAUGGAUCUCUCACCAUUAACGAGCGCGGAGCCAUCGACGGAAACACGCCUCAAAUCUCCCCACAUCCCGACUUCAGGCUGUUCCUCACCAUGGACCCGGUGCACGGAGAGCUCUCCCGGGCCAUGAGGAACCGUGGGGUGGAAGUGUACCUCCCAGGGGAACCCGACGGCCAGAGCUGGAGCCUUCAGGACGUCAAGACUCUGCUGAGCUCGGCAGGAGUGAUGGGAGACAGUGUGUGUGACCUCCUCAUUCAGAUACACAACAGCAUCAAGGAGAACAUAUGGGAUUCUCCGUCCUCGUCUCCGUCCUCGCUCCUCCACGCCGCCGGUCUGCUGUCGGCUCAGCUGCAGAGAGGUGUGGACCUGCCCUCUGCCCUGUCUCAGGCCUGUGCUGAGGCCUUCUCUCUGAGCCAACACACCACUGUCAAUCAAAAGCUUGCCUUGGAGCUGAUAGAGCAACACCUGACUUCCCUGAACUCUGGGCCCUGGGGACAAACGUUGAUGUCUGCAGGAGUGUGGCCCGACAGCCUGCCCUCUGCCCUUCUCUGCACCGAAGACUCAGGAUUUGCUUCGGUCUUACGGGACGGACAAGUGCUGUUAUUCUGUCUGAAUGCACUUAGCCUGCAGGGUAAAAGAACUCGUCCGCUGAGUGUGAGAGACCUGCAGCGUACGUUACUGGCCGGGACCGGGGGGAGUCUGCAGGUCUUUGAUGAAGCCGCAGACCCAGACCUUGGUCCUCGUGCCCUGAUCCCGACAGCUCUCAGACUGAUCGUGGAAAGGGCGUCUCACGGGGACUGGCCUCUUCGCUGCAGCUUAUUGACUCAUCUCGUCGGCAGCUACAAGCUCGUCCCGGACUCGGCCCUGGUCCAGGUGCAGGCGGCGUGUGGGUCCCUGCAGGCCGUGUUCAGCAGCGAGCUCUGUGCGAGGAGCAGGUCUCUGUGGCUGCAGUCGGGUCACACUGUGGAUGAUUUUCUGAUCAAAGCAGACAUGCGCUGGAACAAGCAGUAUUUGCAGAUGUUGAACAAGUGCAGCUUUGAGGAGGAGAGAGGAGAGUUUGUGAACGCUCUGAACACCGUCACCAACAGGAUGGUUCUCCUGAUGGACCGACAGGAGCGAGCCUUCAUCUGCUCCUGCACCGCCAAAGCUUGUUCUCGGGACAGCGCCCUCAGAGGAGCCAUCGCCUUCAGCAAAGGGAGCGUGGACAUGGGUCACCUGUCUCACCCAGUGCUGAUGCACCUGCAGCCGUUCUUUGACCUGUGGAGCGCCUACUUCAUGGAGGCCGUUCAGAGGGAGCAGCCGCACAUCUCAGACCACGUUAUGUUCCAGGUGCUUGAGCUGCUGCAGUGGGUGGACCGCCUCUGGGAUGUCUCUGGUCUGGUGUCUCCGGACAGUCGGGGCGUGGCUGCGAUGGCGCUGCACUGGCAGUGGGUUCACAAACAUGUUCUCCUGAAGAUUCCUCAGCUCCUGACCCGAGAGGCUGUGGCCACUGAUUCCGAGCUUCAGUCUGUGUCGGCGUCCAUCCAGAACCUUCUCUCCUUCUCUGAGUCUGUGUCCGCGGUCCUCAAAGGCAUCCAUAAGAGUCUGGGGAAAGCCCUGCCCUUUAAGUUGGAAAGCGUUGCCGACUGCUCCUCUCGGCUCCGAUCGCUCUGCAAAGUUCUGGACGUCCGUGACCUCAGUCUGGACGGAGCCUCAGAGAGUCGGGCGUCUGACCUGCGCCGUCUGCAUGAAGCCGGACUCGGACUAAACGUGAAAAAAGGUCUUCUUGAAGCCUGGGGCCUGGUGUUCAUGGCCAAGAAUGGUCUUGAUGCACAACAGUCCGGUGUUCUAGAAAAGCUGGAGCUGAUGGUGGAGAAGCAGCAGCAUCACAUGACCUCCUGCCGGCUCCUUGAGGAUGACUCCAUGAUGGAAGAGGCGCGAGCUGACGAAGGCCUCCUGAGCAGAGUACAGCUGCAGCGGCUGUGCCACCGAGCGCAGCUGUGGCCUCUCACUGAGUGUCUGACUCUCCUGAACCAGGCCCGGCUCUGCUCGGCUCUGCUGCACAUGGCCCUGGCUCCUCGUGACUCGGACUCUGAGGAGGCUCUACGUGCAGAAUUAUCCUCUCACCUCGACUUCUGCCUGCGCUCCACUGCUCUGAACGUCAGACACUUCCAACCACUGGACUUUUUGCUAAAGUCUGAACGGCCAUCUGAGGCGUUGCAGCACGUGUGGUGUGAGCUGCUGUCUGAGGUGUUUGAGGUCCUGUGGUCCAGCAGCGUCACGUCUGAUCCAGAUCGAUGGUUUUCUUUAGACACGUCGAGCUCUGAGGGUCCUUUGCCGCGCCGGCGGUCACCCAUCAUGGGCCCUGCAUUGUUGAGUAAAGCUGUGUGGUCCCGGUGCAUGCUGGGAGUUCUGAGUGGCAGGGCCUCCAGGCUCCGGUGGGAUCCAUCGGGCCUCAGCCUCAUGACCUCCUCGCCUCUGCGGCUCGGGGAGUGGAAGGAGAGAGUUCAGCAGCUUCAGGAUUUGUCCUCUGUCGUCCUGGACAAUUUAGCCUUCCCUGCCCUGGCUGACUUCAGAUGCACAGACUUGAGCCUGCAGGGGGCAGUAUUGCGCCGGCAGCUUCAGAGUAUGGCACAGUUGUUGCCCUUCAGUCUGCAGGAGGGAUUCAUGGAGAGCUGUGAAAGCCUCGUGGAAGCCCCAGACCCUCUGAUCCCAGCACAGGAGAUCCACACCCUCUUCAGAGACUUGAUGUGUCCAAAGUCGCUCCCAGACGGCCUGCUCGAUGCCUGCAGCACUUGUGUGCAACAGUAUGUUCAGAGCCGGGUCCAUGGUCCAGACCUGGUCCGCUCUGGGGUUUUCUGGGUUCACAUGGGUCUGGUCCAGAUCAAAGUGUGGACCCCACAGACGAUCUUUGACCCUGCUGUGAAGAGAGCCUAUAAACUGAAGUAUGCUCAACAGGAGUUGAUGCAGGUUCUAGAGGAGUGGAGGGGGCGGAGCCUAAUGGCGCAGCUCACGACUGGAAUAGAGUUGGUGGAAAACCGUGUAAAAGAUGGACAGCAGCAUCCUCGCAUCAGAUACCUGUGUGUCCGCAUGCAGCAGCUGAAAGAAGAAAUUGCAGAACUGUCCAGGAAACAGGCCUUCCGUCCAGACGAAGCUCAGUACAGCGCUCUGUUCCAGGAGCUGCAGCACUACCUCUGCAGCAUCGGCCAGUUCUCCACAGUACAGAAACUUGCCUCAAACCUUCAGGGGGCGCUGCAGAGCCCUGUCUCCCGGGGCGCGGUGCAGAGCUUACUGAAGGAGGAGGACGUGUGGCAAAAAUCCCAGCAGCGCUUCUGCCACAGGCUCCAGGAGAAGUUCCCCUUGUACCCGGACGUGGUGAACCCGGUCCGGACUGGGAUCCUCCAGCUGCAAUACGGCAUGAGGCUGCUGUCCGCCCCCGUGGCCUCCUCCCUCACCCCCAUGCCUGGCCUAUCUCAGUUCCUGUCCUGCCUUCUUGCCUUCCCAUCGCUGACCCCUGACCAGCCCACUCACUUGAGCCGAGCCAACUUCCUGUGCUCCAGAACGUGUAUGGAGGUGGUGCAGUCGCUGAUGAAGGUCCAGCCUCAUCAGGAAGACGACCGUGUGGCUCCGCAGUCCUCAGACCUGCUGCUCACGGCUCUGCUCUACGUGCAGUGCCAUAGUCUGACCACUGGGGAGCUCACCACUGAUGCUAGCAGCCUCUUCAGACACAUCUGUCAGGCUCUGGUGAACGAUUGGGACGAGCAGCAGAGGAGGAGCAGUGAGAAGGAGCAGCAGGAGUCCAGUCUGUACCGCAGCAAACAGCACGGAUCAGAACUGACGGAGGAGGAGCAGGAGGAGAGGGAGUUCAGGAAGCACUUUCCACACUUCAACCAGGACUUUGCAGACAUUGUGCUUCAGCCGACUCUAGAGGGCGACGGCAGCGGAGCCUCUGUGUCGGAGCCGGAUCAGGAAGAGUCGAGUGAGGAGAGCGUUUUGUCCCAGAGUGCCCUGAACACAGUGAUCCAAGUUCACCAGAACCUGUGCUCGGGCUACGCUCAGUCGUUAUGGUAUCGCAGCAAACCUCCAGCCAAUCAGAGCGCAGGACACAUACAGGCCCUGGUCUCGUCCUAUCAAGUGGCUGCUCCAGUGAUAUUCCACCUCUACCAUCUCAUCGACUCAGACCUGGACCAGAAGCUGUCGGGCAGUGAGCUCCUUGUCUCUGCUCUGCUGCAGAACACGGUGCAGGGUGUGGCAGGACCAGGUGCACUGGUGCUGAGCUCUGAUGGUCCCUACGACUUCUACCAGCAGCCCAACAUGAGCGAGGCCCGGCUCUGCCUCCCUGUUCUGCACCAGCUCACUCAGGCCGUGACCCAGAGGCUGCAGGAGUGGCCCGAUCACCCCGCCCUGGUCCAGGUCACAGUUGUGAUCGAGCGGAUCUUGGGCUUCAGUCUCGCGAGUCCUUUGGCCAAGUUUCUGAACGGCCUGGAAAUCCUCCUCAGUAAAGCCCAGGACUGGGAAAACAACGCCAGCCGCUCGGUGUCGCUCAGGAAGGAGCUGGAGCCGGUCACUCAGCUCAUCAUCCAGUGGCGUAAACUGGAACUCAGUUACUGGUCCUGUAGUCUGGAUAACGCAGCCAAACGUCACACGGAGAAGUCGAGCAGACACUGGUUCUCUCUGUAUCAGCUUCUGGAGAGAUUUCUACAAGAGCAGAGAGAGGAGGCGGCUCCAGCUGAAGGAGGCCUGGAGCCGCUGAGUCUGCGGUCUGUGAGCUCCACGCUGCAGGCCUUCAUGGAGGGCUCCACCGUGGGACAGUUCCACACCAGACUCUCCAUGUUGCACAGCUUUCACUGCCAUCUCCUGCUCGUGCCAGAACAACCAGGACGAGAGGCUCUGUGCAGUUUAUUGUGGAACUUGACGUGUUAUUACAGACAGUUCUCUGAGACUGUGCACAGCAACCUCCUCAAGCUCCGGCAGCCCAUAGAGAAGGAGCUAAAGGACUUUGUGAAAAUUUCAAAGUGGAACGACGUGAGUUUUUGGGCGAUCAAACAGUCUGUGGAGAAGACUCAUCGAACUCUUUUCAGAUUCAUGAGGAAGUUUGAGGAGUCCCUGAACGGCCCCAGCCUCCCGUCUCUGGUGGAGCAGGGAGGAGACCCGGACCAUGGACCAGAGGAGACGCCAAUGCAGAGGCUUCACCAGGAGCUGAGGAGGAGCAGUCCACAGAGAGGCCCCGACGUCCAGUUCUCUGAGGACGUUCCGGAGGGUUCCUCUCUCCAAGCCCGGCUGCCUCUCCUGAUCAGAAAGAUGAAGAAGAUGUGUGUGGACUUAGUGAAGAAGAACCCUGCUCCGGAGCUGGCCGAGGAUCUGGACCAAUUCACCGGUGAGGUGAUCCGGAACGUGCAGGAGCUCCAGGCCCUCACCGCCAACCUCUCUGCCGACAAAGAGCGGCAGAAGUCUGAGGCGAAGCACAUCCAGCAGCAGAAGCAGAGGGCGCUGUCCGAGCUCUUCAAGAUGCUCUCGGGAAUAGGGCUGUCGUAUCGCCGCGGUCUGACCUGGAACAGGACGGCACAGCCCGAGCAGGUGCUGUUGACCACGACCAUGACCACGUCCAUGACCACGUCCAUGACCACGUCCAUGACCACGACCAUGACCACGUCCAUGACCACGUCCAUGACCACGCCCAUGACCACGUCCAUGACCACGUCCAUGACCGUGACCACGACUGUGACCACGACCAUGACCACGUCCAUGACCACGUCCAUGACCACGACCAUGACCACGACCAUGACCACGUCCAUGACCACGCCCAUGACCGUGACCACGACUGUGACCACGACCAUGACCACGUCCAUGACCACGUCCAUGACCACGCCCAUGACCGUGACCACGACUGUGACCACGUCCAUGACCACGUCCAUGACCACGACCAUGACCACGACCAUGACCACGUCCAUGACCACGUCCAUGACCACGCCCAUGACCACGUCCAUGACCACGUCCAUGACCGUGACCACGACUGUGACCACGACCAUGACCACGUCCAUGACCACGACCAUGACCACGACCAUGACCACGUCCAUGACCACGUCCAUGACCAUGUCCAUGACCACGUCCAUGACCACGACCAUGACCACGACCAUGACCACGACCAUGACCGUGACCAUGACGACGUCCAUGACCACGUCCAUGACCAUGACCACGUCCAUGACCACGUCCAUGACCACGUCCAUGACCACGUCCAUGACCGUGACCAUGACCGUGACCAUGACCACGUCCAUGACCACGACCAUGACCACGUCCAUGACCACGUCCAUGACCACGUCCAUGACCACGUCCAUGACCACGACCAUGACCACGUCCAUGACCACGUCCAUGACCGUGACCAUGACGACGUCCAUGACCACGUCCAUGACCGUGACUAUGACGACGUCCAUGAUCAUGACCACGACCAUGACCAUGACGGUCAGAGUGUUUCCGGUGUUGGUGUCGGUCUUUGAGGGCAGUCAGAAAUACUUCUAUCGCUCCUGGGCCAGAAGAACCACUCUUCAGACUGCUCUGCAGAGCGCAGCAAAGGAGCUGGGACUGGGAAACAUGGAGCGCUGUAAAGGAUUCUCCUCUCACCUGUUCCAUCUGCUGCUGGGACAAAGGCAGCGACUUGGAAAACUCACGGAGAGUUGGCUCCAGCUGAGGCGACUCAGGACCAGUCUGAAGAACCUGAAGCCUCAGAUGCUGAACCCGGACCCGGACUGCCCUCUGCCCCCACAGGCCUCUCUGCAGACCUGGCUGAGCACGGCCCACUCUCUGACUGUGCAGUGCUCUGCAGGACUGCAGCAGCUGUCGUGGCUGCUGCAGUCCUGCCCCGAGGAGCAGCCAGAGGAGCAGCCAGAGGGAGGUCUGUGCUGCCACUCUCCUCUGAGCGAGCAGAAGAAACCUGCCCAGAGUCUGAGGAGACGGGGGUCUGCAGAGUGGAGCCAGCUGCACCAACACGUCACUGAACUCUGGAGCCAAACGGAGAAACUCAAAGCAGAUCUGAGCAGCGUGAAGCAGCAGACGUCAGAGGGCGUGCUGCACACAUGGACUCACCUGGACUCGUGCUGCUGUGCCUUCGAGCUCCUUAACUCUGUGGUGAGUGAGUUUCCUGUCGUGGAGCGGCUCUUCCAUCCCUCACAGACUUCAGACAGAACCCAGCCUGCCCCCGCCAUCUCCCACAGCCUGCAGACGCUGAGAGAGCAGGUGCAGGCGGCUUUAACGGACUUCACCACGUGGAAAACACAGCUGCUCACACUGGGAGCACAGCCUACAGCCUCAGAGUCUGUCUUCACAUCUGGCUUCUCUGCUGAUCUGGAGACUCAUAUCAACACGGUGCUGUGUGCCGUUCAGACGCUGGUGAAGAAAAGUGGAAAGGAACCUCCUCAGGACACAAAGAGAGAGCUCGCAGAGGCCGAGGAGCUGCUGAAACCAGGGCAUCUGAGCCCUUUGUUGCAGGAAGCUCUGGACGCCCAGGUGGAGGCUCUGCGUGUGGCAGAAGUGAAUUCGGGUCUGGAGAGAUUUUUGGUCUGUCUCAGGACUCGCAGAGACUCGUGCCUCCCCACACAGACGCAGGAGUUGGGGCAGGCGUGCAGGAUGCUGGUGCGUCUGGAGCCCAUGUUGGACACUUACUCAGACCUGGUGCGGUUCUUCCUGUCGGUGUCGGUGGGAGUCCACAGGAGCACCGGGAAACUGCUGUCCGUGCUCAGCAGCAUCUUCACGGAGCUCGCACAAAAGAGAUUUCCAAUGUCUCUUUGUCGGUAA